UCGGGGCCCGGAGCUGGUGGCUUUGGUGUGUGCAGUGACUGCAAUAAGCAGUGACAGCCAUCAUCAAGGUGAUUGGCCAUCCCAAGUACCAAGAAUCCAGAAGAAUUGCAAUCUUUCUGAGCAUGCCAGAUGAAAUCCAGACAGAAGAAAUCAUUAAGGACAUUUUUAAGCAAGGCAAAGAGUGUUUCAUCCCACGUUACAAGCCUCACAGCAAUCACAUGGACAUGCUGAAGUUAUCAUCAGCUGAAGACAUUUCUUCACUUACUUUGACAUCCUGGAAUAUUCUUCAGCCUAGUGAUGAUGACAGUGUAAGAGAGGAGGCUCUUGCUGGUGGAGGUCUUGACCUUAUCUUCAUGCCAGGCCUUGGGUUUGACAAAAAAGGCAACAGAUUGGGAAGAGGGAAAGGAUAUUAUGAUACCUAUCUUGAAAGAUGUAUAAAACUUCCCAGUGGAAAGCCUUACACGAUUGCAUUGGCUUUUAGGGAACAGAUUUGUGACUCAGUGCCUGUGGCAGAAAAUGAUGUCCAAGUAGAUGAAAUCCUUUAUGAAGACUGCUGAAAGUAUCUUGAUACCAACCCACCUUCAGAGUGACCAGCCAAAGAUGUCAGAUCCAUCAAUCAUGACUUUUUAAUAGUCAUAUAUGACUUUGGGAGCAAUAAAAUACACUAUUAGUGUUUGGAAAAAAAACCCAACAGUCUAAAUGUGGUAAUAGUAGUGAGGAUUGCAUUGAUUUGCUUCUAAUUAGCAAAUAUCUGGUGUGAAUUCUUAUUCUACAAUCAAUAGAAACAAGAAUGUGUGACUGUUUAUUACAGUAAGGACCAUUUCUUCUCAUCAUACUUUUGAGGAACAAGCUACUUGAUACUUAACAGUUUUAUUGUUCCAGUUUAAAAGUGAACUGUCUACUAAUGAGAGUUCUUGAUCCAUUCUGGAAUUAGAUACUUGUUAUGGUAAAAGUUCUUAGUACUUAAAUAUUUUGUGCAUCCAUGAGCAAAAUAAGAAACUGCCAGAUAAGUCCUUAGUAAGCUGGGCAAAAAAUGGUGAUUGGAAAAAAGCCUUAAUUGACUUUAGUGUUUACGAUAAUUUUGACUGUUUACUUGGCUCCUUGAAGUUGUCUUAAAAUAAAGUUGUAUUAAAAUAAAUAUCUGUUAAUAAAAAAGGGUUCAUGUCCAUAGCUUUGGUAUAUGGUUCUUUCCUUUAUCUGAACACAGGAUUGUAAUGUAGUCUAAAAUGCGGUCAGUGAGUUCUUCAUCUGGAGAAAACCAGCUCUUUUUUUGUGAAAUAAUAUUCAAAAUUGCUCUCAGUUCUAUAAUUUUGUACACGGGCCAUUCAUAAUGUCCCAAAAUAUUGUGUGAAGUAUGGGUACUAUGUUAAAGGAUAAAGAGAUGCUAAGAAUUGCAGAGAGGAGGUUUUAUGGAUUGAGUAAAUUUUUGGGUGGAAGGUUGGUUGUUCUCCAGUUCUCCAGACCAUCCUGGAAAUCAGGAAGAAGAUAGUGAGUUUUCCUCUG